AUGCGCCGAUGCCGUUGCAGCCGCCCUUGCAGAAAUGGAGGAGGAGCACGCCGAAAUCGCAGGCCAGGGUGCAGGCCACGAACAUGGCCUGGCAGGACGCAAGCACCGCCGGGAAGGGUACCCCCCACGGCAGCCCCACGCCGAGCCAGAAGCGGUAGCCGUAGACGACGAGGGAGGAGAGGGUGGUGGAGAGGAUGGUCAUCACCUGCACGGACUGGGAGAACUCGAGGAAGAGGAAGGAGGUGCAGACGGGGAUGGAGUAGUUGGAGAGGAGCCGCGCGAGGGAGAGGGAGCCACCGCCGCUGCCGUCGUCGCCGUCGUCUCCGCGGUGGCGGGCGAUGA